GUUUGUUUGUAUCAGUAUUCUUAUUAUGUACUUGCACUUUUUCAAAUAACUUCUGAGUUUCAGCUAACAAUGUCUGGAAUAGAACAUCAAGUUGUGAACACUGAAAGUUGUGGAAAAAUUAACGUAUUCAUACAGGGUCCACGUAAUACAAAAGUUGCUUUCUUGACAGUUCAUGAUCUUGGAUGCAAUCAUAAUGAAAUUAUUAAUUUUCUUGCACACGAAUCCAUGGAACCGCUAGUUAAUCGAUGUACCUGGGUACAUGUAGAUGUUCCAGGACAAGGAGACGGUGAAUCGGAUUUACCUGCAGAUUAUACAUUUCCUUCAGUUCAACAACUUGCAGAAGGCAUGAGCGAAGUAUGCAAUGCACUUAGGUAACCUUUCCGUUUUUCAAUCAAAAAAUAUAAAUAAUGUUUUUCUUACCAUAUUACUAGAUUACAGUAUGUUGUUGUUUUCGGUGAAGGAGCUGGAGCAAAUAUAUUAGUUAGACUGGUGAUGUUAAGAUAUGACAUAGUUUUGGGUGCUAUUUUAAUUCAUUGUACUGGGACAACUGCAGGGUUAUCUGAAAGUCUUCGAGAUAGAUUAAUUGGAUGGAAAUUAAAUACAGUUGGAAUGAAUCCAGCUGCAGAAUCAUAUUUAUUAAUGCAUCGUUUUGGUUCGGCUGCAGAAUCAGAAAACGAAAUAGAAGUACGAGAAGUCCUCAUAAAAUUUCGUCAAUCACUUAGAACAGCAAUUAACCCGAGAAAUUUAAACAAAUUUAUUAUGUCAUUUAUGUCACGUACGAAAAUCCUAGAACAUGUCGAUCAAAUAAGAUGUCCCGUUUUAUUUCUAACCGGUGCAUUAGCAUCACAUAAUCAUACAGUCUUUCGUCUAUACAAUGCUGUUCUAUCCGCUGUACGCAAUGAUCCAAAUCUACAAGGCAAAGUUGAAUUGAUUCAACUAGAUAAUGUGGCAAAUGUAUUAAGUGAACAGCCUGAAAAAGUUGCCGAAUGUCUACAAUUUUUUAUCCAAGGAUUAGGUUUAGCUGGUGGCUUAGUUAGUCGACGAAUGAGUAGUACAAUACCUGUAGCUAGAAAUAGAUCAUUAUCAAUGGAAGAAUAUGAUCAACCAAAAGGUGCAUCAAAUUGUAUAUUUCAUAAAAAUCGUAAAUAUAGUACAACUACUGGGAGAUUAAUACAAGAUGAAAGUCCAAUUAAUGAACAAGAAGAUCAAACUGAAGCUUAAUUAUUAUACUCAAAAUUAUAUAACUAUAUAUAAACGUAUAUAAUUAGAUCGUUCUACCUUACUAUUUCUGAAAAUAGAUUCUUUUAAAAAAAAAAAAACAAGUAUCAUUAUACAUAUACAACAGUAAUAAUCAUGUAUCUUGAUUAUACAACGUUCUAAGAGGUUCAACACUACAAUUUCAACGCACUCUCUUUUUUCUUUACUAAUAACUAGGCUUUUUGUUUCCUACUUGUUUAUUUCUAUCUGUCUAGUUUUACAAAAUUAUUCUUCAGUAAUAACAAUAAACAAUUUUGUUUAAUGAUUUUUGUACUGUUUUCCUUUUUCUUUUUCAAAAAAAAAAGAAAUAAUAAUCUAUUUAGUAAACUUAUUAGUUAGGAAAAAUUUUCUUUUCUCUUCUCUUCUUUCUCUACUGUUACCACCACUACUACUACUACCACUACCACUACUAACACCAUCACUACUACCACCACCACUACCACUACAAAUUCUUAUGUUGUCGAUUGAAUUACAAUCAACAACAAAAAAAGAAAAGAACAAGAGACCAUCUAUCAUGAAAAUAAACCCUUAGUUGAUAAUCAUUACUAUUAUUAUUAUAAUCAUUUUGUAUUGUAUUUUUACUGUAGUUUUUGUAAUAAUCAUCUUAUACUUUGCAGCUACUAUUUACCGACUAUUCAAUUCAUUGUCACCUGCUUUUUCAUCCUUUAACUCAUUUCUCUUUUUGAAUGAUUUCUAUGUUUAUUUGUUUUUUUUAACAAUUUAAUCUGUUGUUUACGUUAAAAUCUAUUUGUAGAAUAAUUAAUAAUAAUAAUAUGAUUAUUGUUA